AGAUAUGUUAGGAACACAUAUUUUGGUAAGAACAUGUUUAUAUGUACAUUGUUUACUAUAGUUAAAUGUAUAUGUACUACAUUAAUAUGUACAUAUAUAUCACUCCCUGGAUUUUACAUGUCAGUGUGAGUGUGUGUGUAUUUUUUCAUAAAACGGUACGAAACAGCCGCUGACAUCAUCCGAGACAAUUUAGCAAAGCUUUAUCCGAUUCGUAGUGUUUGUUUAACUUUAUAAUUCUGUUAUUUCCACUGUUGAUCUGUUGUUGCAUUGGUACUUACACACCAGGAAGACAGCCUGAUAGAUAGAUAGAUGGUCUGAGUAUUUCGUAAAGAACCAUCUCUAGAGUUUACAGAGAGUGAUCAGUGAGCAGCAGUUGUCUGGACCAAAAUGCCUAGGUGAUGUCAGAGGUCAGAUGGGAAUGGACAGACUGGUUGGAGAUGACAGAAAGGCAGCAGUAACACUUGUUACAAGUAAGUCAAAGUGCAUCCUCAGCCUGCUGGAGCGGACAUACAUGGAUAAAAGAUAACUGAUGGCAGAGCUUAAGCCGCCAGGCUCACGAAGGUGUAAUUAUUUUUUCCUCUAUGAUGGAUCCAAGGUCACAGAAGAGGGUGACCCUACACGAGAAGGAAUCUGCUACUUCUACCCUGAAGAGACCCCUUUAGAUAAGCAGGAGCUGCUCUGCGGUCAGCUGGCUGGGGUGGGCCGCUGUGUCUCUGAGCUUUCCUCUUCUCCUGUACGCACACUGAGGCUUCGCCGCAGCAAGUUUGCCAUCCGCAUGAAGGAUGAUUUCUUCUGGGCUCUGGGCUGCUCAGUGGACAUCCCUACUGUCAGUAUCUGUGAGUUGCUGGAUCAGCUCAUAAACCUUUUCUGUUUCUACCACGGCUCUGUUCGCCAGAGCUAUCAGUUUAACAGUCAGGAAACUCUGGCAGCUCAGUGGGCGUACUACCUCUCACACCUGCAGUCAGGACCCUCAGAGCUAUACAACACCUUCAGCAGCCUGAGGACCAUUGAUUCAACUAAUGUUGACCCACUUCUCCUCCUCAAAGCUGCCCUCAUUCUUCAGGCAUGCCAGCGCUGCCCCCUAGUGUUAGCAGGCUGCAUUCUUUUCAAAGGAAGACUUGUUAGCACACAGAUGCCUCCAGAGCUCACAAUGAAGGUCAUGGUUCAUGAGAGUGAAUCCUACGCCAAGGCACAUAGGUCCAACAGCCCAAGCACAUCCAGUUCAACUGGUGGUGCUGUCAUAUCCACAAAUGUAUUUCUAACCAGGUCUGAGCUCCAGUACCUGCAGUCUGCUCCUGUCGACAAAGAUUUCAGUUCCCACUCUACGCCACUCAAAGACGCUCGUCCAAAGAGGACUCGCCUUUCCAGAACCUUAUCAGACACACCCUCCACUGAGUCAGAGCCAUCUGAUCCAAGUUCCUCCCAGAAGUUGUCCCUCAGCCCUCACCUUUCAGAAUCAGAUAAUUCUGUCUUUAGCCCAGCUCUGUCACAGAAAACCACUGAUUCACCCAACCCCUCCAAUAGAAGUGUCUCUCAUGAACCUGAGGAGGGAACCCUUGAAGACUCAUUUUAUCACAGCUUUUACAACAGCAGAGGUAGAGGCAGCCAGACACAAAGUGAAGGAGACGGCUCAGUGUUUGAGGACCACCCCCAUCUAAAUGGUGAUGGAGAUGGAGAAACUGCCUGUGGGCCAAUGUUUGACUACAGAAGAGCUGAUUCUGGGAAUGAGCAGGCACAUGACGAUAAGAUGGUGGUGGGAGAUAGUAGGUUUUGCUGUGGGAGUGGUAAAGGCCACAAGGCAGAGAUGAGGCACCCUCCUCCUCCCUCCUGCGCCUUUGACAGCUUAGAUGAGAGUCGACUGAUCCCCAUGACGCUUUACAUGCACCGGGUCAACAGCUUGGUUCUGGCUUUGCUGGUGGAGCCUCAUUUUAUGAGUGACACUGCUUCUAUGGAGGAAGUGUAUCACAGCAGCCUGGCUUCGCUCAAUGGACUUGAGGCCCAUCUCAGGAGCAUCUCUCCGGGACCCCCAGGUGCUCCAGGGGCCUACAUAUUUGCCCAUUUUGAUUGCAUUCAGAGCACCCUGACAACCAACGUGUCUGGCCGACCAGGGGGAGCCCCAGAGCAUCCUUUUGUCAGAGCCACAUCACUUCUUCAUUCGCAUUUCUGUAACACUGAAACUCUGCAGGAGGCUAUUAUCAGGAGUGCGAGCACUGCUGUGUAUGGAACCCGCAGCGUGGCGCAGGAGACUUACUUCCAGCAGCACGGGGGAGCAUUGAGGAACUCAGGCAUCCCUAACCACCAGGACAGUGCUUUCUCGCUGCCCAGCAAAGCCCGGCACAGGCUGCUGAAACACGGGGUUAACCUGCUCUGACUGGAUGGUAUCGUGACACCAGCUCUCAAAACUCAUAAGAAGUUGUAAUUAAAAACGUAGAGAACUAGCAUGUAAGUAAGUUUAAAAGACAAAUUCGGGAGGUUGUAGAAUUUGAUUAAAUGGUUUCUUUUAUGGCUGCUGAGUUUAUCUUUCCCCACUAAAGAUUGUAUAUAAGAAUAUGAUGUGCUAUAAAACCAUUAUUGCACUAAUUUCCAUUGUAAAAUGUUGAAUUUAAGCAGAAAAGUGUCAUAAUUGUUAAUGUAAGAUGGUUGAAAUGAUUGUUUAAAAUUAGGUAGAAGAGUUUAUGUGUACUAUAAGUUCAGUUAUUUACACUUUUUUUCUUUUCUUUUUUUUUUUACUGUAACUUUAUUUCUUUUAUGCUGUCAGAUAUUAGCCUCUGUAUGGAGCUGUAACUGUGUUAUUAAGCCUGUGUUCAUUGCAAAUAGUUUGCAGCCAUCUCACUGUGAUGCUCUCAGUUUCCCACUGUACCAAAUGGUAUGUUUGUCCAAUAUUUUUCCAUGUAAUUAAAUAUUUAGUUCCAAGCCAUUACUAUAUAAAUGACAAACAUGUCUUUGAACUGCUUUUCUCCAGUUAGUUAUGGAGUGCACAAAGCUUGCUGGUAUCUGUGGUAGGCUAUACUGUCUGCAGUGCAAAUUAAAUAAGUGUAUAAGCCA